AGAGAGAGAGAGAGGACUCAAGUUUUCAUGUGGCAGGCAGGACUGGAAGUCAUCUAUUUUGGGUUUGACACAGUACAUAUUUCAUAGCAGGGCUGAAUCCACUGGAACUAUCUUCUUCUUCUUCUUCUUCUUCUUCUUCUUCUUCACCCCCGUGACCAUGACCAUGACGGACAUCAUGAUGGGAGAUACAGGAAUGUUGUCCAAUGGAUGUCAGAAGAGAUUGCUCCUCAUCUUCAGUGUUUCUCUGUGGUCCAUAGUGACUGAGGCCAUCCAUCCGGACUGCGCCAUCAUUGCUCAGCACCUGAGGGCCCGCCAGGCCUGCGGCUUGGCGAGGUGGAGGGAAGUUCAGAACCAGACCGAGCUCAGAGGGUGUAAAACGGAAUGGGACAACGUUGGAUGCUGGAGGACAGCCGACGUGGGUCAGGUGGCCAACGUGUCGUGCUCUGACGUCUUCCAGCAUUUCUCCAGCAGCCAAGGGUUUGUUUACAGGAACUGCACUGCAGACGGCUGGUCGGACAUGUAUCCGCCCUACGAGGAGGUCUGUGUCUUCAGUGACGACGGCGAGCCCGAAUCGGAGACCAAAUAUCUCUACACCUUCAGACAAGUCUACACUGUCGGCUACGCCACCUCACUCAUCUCCCUCAUCACGGCCGUUGUGGUGUUCACUGCAUUCAGGAAGUUCCGCUGCACCAGGAACUACAUCCACAUCAACUUGUUCUCCUCCUUCAUCCUGAGAGCCAGCGCUGUAUUCAUUAAAGACACCGUGCUGUUUGCCGACCAGACGCUGGACCACUGCUCCAUGUCCACCACGGCGUGCAAGUCCGCUGUGGCCUUCUUCCAGUUUAGCAUCCUGGCCAAUUACUUCUGGCUGCUGGUGGAGGGCAUGUAUCUGCAGACCCUCCUGGCUCUGACCUUCGUCUCCCAGAGGAAAUACUUCUGGUGGUACAUCCUGAUUGGAUGGGGGGUCCCGUCUGCCAUUCUCAUACUUUGGAUCCUGACCACAUUCUUCUUUGACAACAGAGGCUGCUGGGAUGACACGGACAAUGUUGGCAUCUGGUGGAUCAUCAAAGGGCCAAUAACUGCUUCACUGCUGGUCAACAUCGUCAUCUUCGUCAACGUGAUCCGCAUUCUGGUCCAGAAGCUGAGAUCUUCAAGCAUGUCUGGCCACAACGACAGUGGACAUUUUGUAAGGCUGGCUAAAUCCACGCUCUUCCUCAUCCCUUUGUUUGGAAUGCACUACACGGUCUUCGCCUUCCUGCCUGAAACCACGGGAGUGGCAGCCAGACUCUACAUCGAGCUGGGCCUAGGAUCCUUUCAGGGUUUUGUGGUGGCUCUGCUCUACUGUUUCAUGAAUGGAGAGGUCCAAACAGAGCUGCGGAGAUGGCUGUGGAAGUGUCACAACCAGAGUCAUCGCACCCCCGCCAAGCAAAGCAUGGCUCAGAUCACGGUUCGAUUCCACGGGGGCCUGCGGAGGCCUCCUUCCACUGGCAACGUGUCGUCGGUAUGAGGCCAAUGUUCUUUACCAACACUGAACGGACAAUAUUGAACAGCUGCUACAAGGAAAGCCACAAGAGUGUGUAUUGCAUGUGUUGGACAUGACUGCUGGGAGGUGGCGCUGUGGAGUCGUGUCUAAAACAGGACGGACACCUGGUGGAUGAUGAGUAUUAUUUAUCACAGCGGUGUCUCAUUCCCAUUUUGACCCGCGAGAUGACAGUAUAAGAUCAAAUUCAAUAAACAAUCUUACCUUGCAGGCGGUUUGCACUGGAUCUCCAGGGGUAUGUCAGGGGGAUGUCAGGUAGCAAUUUGUCGCCAUCUUGUGGGUAUUCCAAGAAGUUCAGGUCAGUGACCAGGAUGUGUACUAUCUUGACAUCUACAAAACAUUUCCUAGUCAUGGUGCAGAAAAAAAAAAAAGUACCAACACAAAAAGUCAACACACAUGGUCACACAUAAAACAACCCGCUCACUGAACUUUGUGGAUAUGAAAUGAAAAAUGAUCCAUUAUCAUAAAAAAAUAAAUAAAUUCGUAAUGCAACCAUUUAAAUGCAUUGCAAGGCAUGAUGGGAAAAUGCAGAACAUUCUCUCCACACUUAUCCAUGUUUGACUUCUAGCUGCGGGCAGCACGGUGGAACAGGGGUUAGUGCCUUCCUCCCACCUCCAAGGACAUGCACCUGGGGAUAGGCCCCUCCCACCUCCAAAGACAUGCACCUGGGGAUAGGCCACUCCCACCUCCAAUCAAUCCAAUCCACUUUAUUUAUAUAGCACAUUUACACAACAAGAAUGUUUCCAAAGUGCUGCACAGCCAUGUUAAAAACAAUAUUAAAAACAAUAUUAAAAACAAUAUUAUGCUACACCAAUGACUGAAUAAAAACAAAGAAUAAAUGAAUAGAAAACCAAUACAGAGACAAUAUAAAAAAAUAAAUAUGAUUAAAAA